UGAUGUAAUUUGCAUACAGCAAGGGGUAAUGCGGCUGCGCGCUUUUUCCUCGUCAGUAGAAGGAAAUAUUUUCUGGCGGACGGUCGCAGCAACUUUGAUCCGCUGAAUCUGAUAAGCAGUCCCAUAACUUACUAAGGAACAAGCAAGAAAGAACAUUUGUAGCGUUUAUAAUGCCUUCUGGGUGUGAAGACUCCUUCUUGUACGAAGAGGUCGAGCUGAAUUCCCCCGAAAGCUUGUACGGCAAAGAUCCCUUUCUCGAGCUGUUACCCAAAGAACUUCGCUUGAUGAAUGGUGGUCAGCCUGCAAGGCACCCCCUUAGCCCCACUGAACAUCCCUUGAAAGGGUCCGACUUGCUGGGCCUAUCUGAUCCCCUGAACCUGAGCAUGGGGCCGCCCAGCAUCACCACAACCACUACUACCAGUACCCCUACGUAUGAAUCAGCUCUAAGCAUUAGUACGUCAGUGCAAGGGGUAAGUAAUACCAUGGUAAGUGGUGUCCUAAGCCCAUCCUCUCUCUCCCCCUUGGGGCAAAGUGAGUUGGCUACACAGCAGCGGCAGCAGUUGUCGCCAUUGUCCAGCCCGGGUGGGUCGCCGCUGGUCAGCGUGUCGGACUCCAGCAACCUGAUGUCGCCCAGCGAGUUGAACACGUCCAGCAGCCUGCUGGUCAGCACCAGGAAGAUGAAUCUUCGCGGCGACGACAGCUCCGGAUGGAUGGAGGACGACGAUUCGUCCUCCAGUAACACCAGCAGCGGCGGAGUGGCGCGCUCCAUCACUGCCAACGGCCAGCGGAAGUCCCGCAAAGUCUCCGCUAAGCAGAGUCCCUCCAGCCCGAAGGAAAGAAUCAACAUGGAGCGGCUGUUUGACGCCGAUGGCAGCAGCUGUCAGCCCCAGUUUGAGUUCAAGAAGUUCGGCGCUGACAUUGUCAGCAUCAAGGCGAGAGACUCGCAUCAGGGGGUGCCAGCAGACAUGCAGAGUGCAUUGUCCGCCCCACCAACCCUGCUAACGUUGGUGCCAACAUCUACCGUGCCAUGCCAAGUCGUAGAGCUUGCACACGUCAACUCCUGCCCAGUCCCAAGGAGGCAGGCUAAAGAACCGAGCCUCAACAUGCCAAACUUGAGUAGUAAGCAUGGCAGCAUGCAGCUCAAGAUCCUGAAGCAGCCCGAGGUCCACCACAGGGCUCGAUACAUGACGGAAGGUAGCCGUGGGUCAGUCAAGGACGAAUCUGGCCAUGGCUUCCCCACUGUGAAACUUGAAGGCUGCAACAAGUCAGCCACUCUUCAAGUGUUUGUGGGAACAGACACAGGGAAAAUCAAGCCCCACGGUUUCUACCAGGCCUGCAAGGUGACUGGCCGUAACACAACUCCCUGCACAGAGAGGGACAUCGAAGGGACCACAGUCAUUGAAGUGCCAUUGGAUCCAACAAACAACAUGACACAGAGGUGUGUGAAAAACAUAAGCUGCAAGCUGUCACUAAAGAUAUCAUUAUUGUACUAUGACACAUACCAACUUACAUGGAGAUACGAUUGCCUUACAUUGAGCAGUAUCAUUGCAAAUAUAUCUGUUUUGUAUGUGAAAAGUGCCUUCUUUUUGUCCGUUAUGGCUAAUGUCCUGUUUAACAGGUCGAGGGACAAUUCCAUCCAAGGAGCUCAGCCCACUGGUCAGCCAGAGAUCCUGAAGAAGAGCCUGUCAUCCUGUACUGUCGCUGGUGGAGAAGAGAUGUUCAUCAUCGGCAAGAACUUCAUCAAGGGGACACAGGUCAAGUUUCAGGAGAUUUCUGAAGAUUGCCAGUUGAUUUGGGAGGCAGAGGCAGAAAUUGACAAGGAAUAUUUCCACCAGACACAUCUGAUCUGUACCGUUCCACCGUACCAAACGGAGGAUGUGAAAGAGGCAGUGGCUGUUCAGGUUGUGGUGUGUGCUGGUGGCAAGACCAGCGAGCCCCACACUUUCAGCUACACGCCCCUGCCAACCGUGAAGCCACCUGCUGUUCUGCCGCUCAAAACUGAAACAGGCCUUCAGCAGCCUGAGUCCUGCUCCUUUGAGCAACAGCUCCGAGCCAUGGCCGAGCAAGCUGUUCGUGAGCCUACCAACACGCCCCUCCCCGUGGCCGGGGCUCCGAUCGGCAGCGUGGUGACCCAUUCUGGGCUGAACCAAGAGGACGUGACCAUGCUCCUGCCCCCAGCUAACGCAGAGGACACAGCCCAGCAGACUGCACAGGGGCUCUUCGAUCUGGGUGAGUUGUCUCGUGACUACCGUAAUUCAAGCCCGAUGGUUGCCGCCACAGCAGAAAACUGGCAGUGGCAUUGUGACUUUUUUCUAGCCCCGAUAGUGGAUCCUCAGCAGCAACAACCCCAGGACGAGGAGACCAGACUCCACGACAUCAUCUCAGCGUUACAAACAGUAGAUGACACUGCAUUGUCUCAAUCCAUUCAGCCCGGAUACACAAUAGAAGAUGUGACUGAAGUUCUCAUGAAGAAUUAGUGGCAGAGGUGUCUCGGAAGAAGACAGGAGCCCAGCAGUGGCCAGCUCAGAAGAAAGCACCUAUUAUGUAGCACUCUUUAAAAGCAUGGCUUCUGUUAUGUUGUUGUACAUAAACAGAUGGUCUAUAUCCGUUAAUUCAUCUGCUGUAUAUCAAAUAUUAUUCUAGUGUUGGUUCAUAGUCUUAUGAAGUAUUAAAAACACUAGCCUGCGUGAUUUUGUGCGCUAGGACGAGAUGUUCUAAAACCUACCAAGUAACACCCCAUGUAAAUACAAUUGAUGCCGUAGUCAUGCUACAUAAGUAGCAUUAGACACCCCAUUUGUAUAUACAUACCAAUGAAUGCCGUGUCAGUUGUUGUGACAGUGGUCUAUUUUUGUGGUGGACUUAAGAAGUUUGAUGUAUUUAUUGUAAAUAGAAGAGAAACAACUACGAGUAAAAGUUCUCCAUAGCGUGGAGACUGAUGUAUAUUAAACAGAAAGCCAAACUUUAUUUUGUAUACUAUGGUUUUUGUCCUAUGUAUGUUGUACUGAUCGCGGAUGUUCCGAUCGCGGAUGUUCCGAAGUGUAUUUGACACACUUCAGAGAGUGCAAUGUAAAUUGUGGAUUGAGAAACUGUUGACAGAAAUUAAGAUAAAGGAAGUGGUUCCAAUGUUCAUGUCUUCAGUUUUGUUAUGAAGUAUUACUGUGUCUGUGGUCAAUCCGUGCCAGUUAUUUCUCUUAAGGUGAAUCACUUGAUUUUGUGAUAAAAGUGCAUCACUUGAUUUUGUACCGGUCACAAUUUUUUUUGUCAGUAGUAUUUUGUAACCAGGGUUUUCAUCGGUAUUAGCAGCUCACAUUGGAAAAAUUUGAAGCACAUUUACAGAAUAUACACUAUUGGCCAGUAGAAAAGUACACAUUUUGAAGGAAAAAAAGCACCAGUUGAUGUAAGCCCUGGUUCCUUUCCCUGUAGAUCAGGUAAAAGUGCCUGUACGUCUGUAUUUAACCUCAGAACCUAGUAGUAUAACAACACAACAAUCUUGGAUUCUGUAUUCUAUGUAUGCUGAACCGAGUGUAGUUUCUGGAAGCAAUAAAGAUUGUUUGAUUUGAAAUGUU